CAGAGCGCCGGGCGGCAGCAGGUGGCUCCGCUCCGCACCGCGCCGCUGCGCUCCGCGCUCCCGCCUCGCCUCGCCCCGCCGCCUCACCGCGGCCCCCGCCGCAGCCAAGACGCCGCGGGCCGUGCUCCGAGUGAAGAAUGGGGCGGCGAAGCUGGCCAAGCCGCCGGCGGCGGCGGGCGAGGCCCCCGGCGGCGCCCCCGGACCCGGGCUCUUCAUGGAGCGGUCGCAGAGCCGCCUCAGCCUCUCUGCCUCCUUCGAGGCCCUGGCCAUCUACUUCCCCUGCAUGAACAGCUUCGACGAGGAGGAUGCGGAUGGGGAUGGUCGGAGACUGAAAGGAGCCAUCCAAAGGAGCACAGAAACUGGGCUGGCUGUUGAAAUGCCCAGCCGGACUGUCCGUCAAGCCAGCCAUGAGUCCAUUGAGGACAGCAUGAACAGCUAUGGAUCAGAGGGAAACUUGAAUUUCAGUGGAGUCCAUCUGGCAUCUGCUGGGCAGUUUAGUGACUUCCUGGGGAGCAUGGGCCCUGCACAAUUUGUUGGGCGUCAGACCUUGGCCACCACCUCGAUGGGGGAUGUGGAAAUUGGCUUGCAAGAGCGUAAUGGACAGCUAGAAGUGGAUAUCAUUCAGGCUCGAGGACUGACACCAAAACCCGGCUCGAAAACACUGCCAGCUGCUUACAUCAAAGCUUACCUGCUAGAGAACGGCGUGUGCAUUGCGAAAAAGAAGACAAAAGUGGCUCGCAAAUCAUUAGACCCUUUGUACAAUCAGGUGUUACUGUUUGCUGAGAGCCCCCAGGGCAAAGUAUUACAGGUGAUAGUCUGGGGAAACUACGGACGCAUGGAGCGCAAGCACUUCAUGGGAGUCGCCAGAGUCCUCCUGGAAGAACUGGAUUUGUCAACUUUAGCAAUCGGCUGGUACAAGCUCUUCCCAACCUCCUCGAUGGUAGAUCCCACUACGGGCCCGCUCCUGCGUCAGUCCUCACAGCUUUCCCUGGAGAGCACAGUGGGACCCUGCUGUGACAGGUCUUAGUGAGUAGGGAAGGGGGAACUGCUUUUGUUUUUUAAACAUGCUGUCAAGGUUUUGUUUGCUGGAACUCUGACCUCAAGCGCAAUGCAUGUUCAAUCAGUUCUUGUGGAGCUGGAAGAGGAGGAUAAACCAGUGACCUUAGACAGAAGACGAGGGGGAGGGCGCUGUGCCCUCUCCGUCCGAGGAGGAGGUGCUGUGGGGCAUGAGUCCUAUCUGUCAAAUUAGACAUACACCUCUUGUUUCACUUCUCUCGCUGUCAUUCUUGGACCCUUGUUUCAGAUCAGUAUUAACCCUGGAAAGUUGCAGCAUUCGAAAGAAUUUGGGGGGAGUGAGGAAGGUAUUUUUCUUAACGGUGCGGCUUAGAAAUUUCUAAUGCGGAUUCUUUCAUGAGAAGGUACCUGAAAAAAUCAGAGGCCAGUAUCGGACCUAAAAAGAGCAGGAGCAGAAAGUUUCAGAGGAAGCAUUAGGUUUUUUAUAAGAUCUUCUUGAAAGGAAGAAAAAGAAAGAAACCUGCAACUCUUUCUUUAGAAUCAGUUCCACAUCACUGAGUCAUGUUAACUGUAACACUGUCAUUGCUGUGUUUUCAAACUGUGCCAAAUUACCAGCAAGUGUCUUUACUGCAUUACUUGUCUAACACUGCUGAUGAAGCAUACUUGGUGGGAGAAUAAGUAGCGCCUACUUAGACCAGACAGUUUGAACAGAGUUUGAGUUUAGCAGGCUAAUUAACUGCAAUUUUGCUCAGAAAAAAACCCACUAGAAGUGGGAGCUGAACAUCAGACUUGCAGCUUGAGAUGUUUUGUAUUGUCAGAUACAACGUUCUGCAAUUUACUGGCUCCCUUACUUGUUGCUGUGCAUCCUUCAGUCGCGAUGUCUUCUAUCUCCUGCUUCUCUUCCAUCUCCGUUGUACUGGUAGAUAUCUGCUGGAGAUGGUGCCCAUCCUGUUGUGCUAUGGACUGACCUGAAACAGGACUGUUUUAUUUUGCCACGGGAGAGGAAAUUGAGGUUUCGGGGGGUGCAGAAGAAGGAAACCUCAGCUUGUCAUCUGGCGAGAAGGUGCUGGAGAGCAUGUAACCUGCCUUGUGGAGAGAAGGGUGCUUUAGGCAGUCUCGGUGGUGCACAAAUGUUGUGAAGUGUCCUGAAAGAGGAGAUGCAAUCCCCAAAGUACGGAGAGGUAGUGGGUGAGGAAUCUGAAGACACAGUGGUCGCAGCAUGUAUAUUUUGUUAAUUAAAGCGCAACACUUAGUGUAAAUGAGUCUUGUUGAUUACGCCAUUAAAGCACGUUCUCUGAGCAGCCGAGCUCCAGCGGCUGUUGUCAGCAGAGUCACGUGCUGGAGUAAGUGCGCUAGAUCCUUCAGACAAUUAAAAACUUAUUAUCCAAAAUCACAGAGAAUCUCCAAAGAUUUUCUGUUGAUAGACCUGUUUUGGCUAGGUUUUGUUGUAAUUCUUAAUGAGGAUUUGAUGACUGCUGUCUCAGAAUAAGCUUUUGGAGAUGUUUUGCUUUGUGAUUUUAAAAGUGAAGGUCCCAUGUCAUGUUUAGGAAUGAGCAGAUCCUUGACCUGUCGUAGAGGCGUACCGAACAUUUAUUUCUGCAUGUGGACCUCAGCUUUGUUAGAAUAAAAGCAUGAGUGUUGAGUGGAUGGUAAAAGCAGUUGCUUUUGGUCCUAGCUUGUCUAUGGCAUUUGAAAUUAUUUUGAGGUAAAUUACAGGAUAGAUGCAAAAGUAAUAGGCCUUACAAUAAUCUCUGUAAAAAAAGAUAUAAAGGAGAGGGGAGGAGGAGAAGGGACAUAGAAUGAAUAGUUUUUUGAGUCUUCAGUGGCAAAAGCCUCGACAUUUCAGAUAAAUCUCUUAAUUUCCUUGAUCAAAUAUGUCUCUGGCCUCUCACUAAUUAUUUUUUCUAAUCGUAUUAGACAAUUUCUAUAUAUUAGCUGAAGAAAGUUUGUUGCAUGCUGGUCAAACUAUGUUGUGGCGCUCUCUUUAUUUUUUAAAAAAAGCACAUUUACUGUAAUUCAAGUCAGCAUCUUUUCCUCUUGGUAUGUAGUGAGUACUAGGCAAUAUUGUACAAUAUGUGUAUGAACUAGAAUAGAUUAGGUAGAUUUAGUGGUUUGUAGCACUGGAUCUUUUAAUAACUAUGUCUUUAAAAGGACUGCGGGGAGCUCCAGGUACACGCCAGACCUGGCAGCUGAGUAACAGGGCUUUGUCUUAAAUUACGCCGAAAACUCCAUAUUGGUACUUAGUUUGGACGUUAUCUACCAGUAAUAGCUAGUUAAUCAUGGUUUUCCUGUGUCCGAUAAGAUGAAUGCAACAUUUUUGCGGUCUUUAAUGGGGAGUAGGAAACUAUAUAUGCCAAAAAUAUUCCCCCAGAAAACUUUGUUUAAUGACUGUCUGUUGAAAAGCUCAGUUCCUGUAUGCCUGAGAAAUGCGAUGUGUCUCUGUAUCCUACCCCUCCAAAAGCUCUGCAAGCUCAGUGAUGAUCAGUUUAGUUAACAAUAGGACUACUUAACACUGAGGACUAUCUUCCGUAUGUUUUUAAUCAUGCUAAAAGGUCACUGUCAGGGUAAAUAAAAAGUUACACUUCUACUUGUGUUAUUUUUGUUCAACGUCUCAGAUUCUGAAGUUUGGAGGCAGUUUUAACUGUCUGCUCCAUCCUGUUUUCUUCUGCAUUUUUUACGUGGUUGAUUGUGGUCCAGUGGUUCUCGCUUUUGUUUCUACUCACUUCCAAUUCCUGUUUCUCCCCAGUAAGCGAAUGUUGCAACCCCUGGCUGCCACGCACAGCGAAGUCACGCAAACUGGCAAGUGCAGAUGAUCUUCCUGUGUAAAGCAGACUCACAGGAGCCCUUCAGAGAGUGCCCACGGGGCCGCAGAGCAAGGCCAGGAGAGUUGCACAGUACCCUACAGUCUAAAUUCUUGCUUCACUCAUGCCUGUGAUUCCUGCACUGACCAUGGUGUAUUAUAGUUAAAAAAGAAGUCUUCUAGUUAUCCAUCCAAGGCAAGUCUCAGGCUUUUGGAAUAGCUUAUUUUUAUAAAGCCUAACCUUUUUUUUUUUUUUUCCCCAAAAAAGUUUGACUUGCCAGUUUCUGUCUAAGAAACUAAGUUGGGAUUACCGGUGUGGUUGUAUAAAGUAGCAGUUUGCCAGAGUGAUGAGCAGCUGAAAAGGAAACUUUGGUCCUCUUUGCAAGUCCUGACUGAGUGUUUUCCUGUGUCUGAGUCUAGCUGUUAGUUAUAGUCAGGGAGGGAGAGAGGGAGGGAAGAGCAGGAGACUUGGAAAAAAAAAACCCAAACCAUAGUAUUUUUGGUCUGAGCGCAAUGAUGAAGGAUGAGACUGAGGAUAAAUACCAGCUCAGGGUCGAUUCCCUGUUCCUUGUGCAUGAAAUACUACAUUUUAAUAGUAAUGGAAGGAUUGCUUGCCAAAAAAAAAAGAGCCUGUCCCUAAAUGUUACCUGCAUUACUGUUACCGUGGAAAACAAAGAAAUCCUGAUGCUGAGAGCAGACCCAUCUCUCCCCAGUGGGAAUCCCCUGCAUGCAGGGAGGGCAGAGCACUGAAACCAUGCCUCAGACACGGCUUCAUCCUCUCUGUGGCCUGAGCAAAAAGCAGCCGUGACCGUGGUUAGUCCUGGUUUGUUCAGGCAAAACAAUGUGCUAUUUUCCCAGUCUCCUGGCGUUACUUUCCCUUUGCCCCAACACAGCUGGGAUGCCACAGAGCCAACACAAGGUCCUCACUCUGCAAUUCAGUCCACGGGUCCUCAUCCUGUGGCAGAAGCCGCCUGGGCAGGCUGGAGCAUCCCUUCUGCACUGCGCACGGCGUUCGUGUCCACGGGCAGGGUAAGGGCCAGACGACUUUAUUGUUUAGCCAAGUACAUCCCCACUUCUUGGCCAUGGAUUGUUUCAAAGGACAUUGCAGAAUUAUUUGCUUUGAAUGAAAAAAAAAAAAAUUAUUGUUUCUAGCUACCGGAUCCUUUAUCAAUGUACUGUUCUAAAUUUGCAGGUCUUCUGGAGUACGAAUAUCACAAGUUCCUGUAAAGGAGCUAUUUUUAAGAUGUUGAGGCAGUUAACAGAAUCUCAACCUAAGCAUGUUUAGUAAUGUUUAGACAGCAAGACAACUUUUUUAUGAAACUCAUUUUAAGUUAGUUUAUUACAUGCUGUUGGUAAUAUUUUAAAACAGGAAAAAUAUUUUUCUUUAAAGACAAAAUGAUGUAUGUUUUUUAACAGAUAACAUAAUUUAGUGUUUUCAAAAAUGUUUAAUGUUCUUGGUAUGAAGUUUACUCAUUCUUUUGAUUUCUAUGCUCCUUGUUAUAUUCUAUCAACUUUUUUCCAAAAGAAAAGAGGCAUAUGUAAAUAAACACCAGAAGAGUCCUAUAAGAAAUUCUGUUCAAACCGGCCAUAAAAUUAUUAGUAAAUAUUUGUUAUCGUUCAUUAACUCGCAGCUACUAUUCAAGCCUUUGUUGAAAGAAUUGAUGUUGUAUUUUCAAGAUGAGAACUACUUAGCUAGUUUUGUCAUAAUCCUGUACUCUGUAUAAAAAUCUUUUUAUAAAGAAAGUCUAAUAGGCUAACAAGCAAUAAUAUAUUCCAUUUGGUGUGCACAGAUUGUGACUUGCAGGCUGUAGUACAUAUUGUUGGUACAGUUUAUAAUUGUCUUCAUUCUCAAUGACAUCACUUUUGGAAAAGCUCCAUAUUAACUUUGAUUGUAAAAAGCGAAGACUGGGCUGUUGCCUUGUGAGAUAUAUUCAUCCUAUAGACUUCUCUGUGAGUGUAUGCACCCAUCGACAUGAAAUCUCUCUUAGGUGAAGAAUGAAACAGCUGUAGGUGACUUCAUACUACAGAGGUAAAAAUAGUUUCAAUAUAAACUUCACGACUGUUUCAAUCUCCCUGUUUUUCUUAGGCUAUCUAGUAUUUGUAAUUCAAUGAGAAUGGUUCCCACUGCCACUGUCGCCCUGAUAAAGCAAAAAAGCCUUUGCACUCCGGGGCCACAUGAGUUCUGCCUGCCAGCUGCCUGUUUUCCUCGAGAUACCAGGGGCAAGCUAAAGGGAGGGGUUUUUUUCAGAGCAGCAGAUUGAGCUGCUCUUCUUUAAAGGAUUUGUGGGUUAUUUUGUCCAUGAUUUCGUUAGAAAAUUCCACCCAAGGCAGAGUGAUUGCACCUUCGCAGAGGAUCACGGGGGGCUAAUGUGUAAAACGGGAACAGGCUGUUCUGUGCCGUUCUUCAGUAGUUAGCUAAUGCUGGGCUCAUCUAAAGAUUUUUCCAAAGUGGCAGGAUCAGGAUAUUGGAUUUUAAGUCAGCUCGUUCAUUGAUGCAAUGCAUAAAAUAAAACAGCUUCAAAACCGCAUCCCAGUUCAUUGCCUGUGGAUAUCUCGCAGCAUUUCCCAUUGGAAAAAUCUUCACGUUGUUCUCAAGAUUGCCAGUCCGCUGGCCAGGCAGGCAGCAGGGCACUGGCCCAGUGAUGCUGGGAGCCCUGAUAAAUGAUGAAAUAAUUCACUUUUUUUUUUUUUGUGAAAUGCUUUGAGAGGAAAGAGACGUGUAAAUGCAAAGUGCCGUCAGUAGGGAAGCCCAGGGCACAUUGAGACCUAGAGCGAGCAUCUCAAAUGAAAUUGCAGCUACCAAAUUUGAGCCAAACAUUUAGAAACGAGGAUGAUCAGUGAAAGCCUUUUCAUGUUUACCCCAGUGCACGCUUGCCAAGGCGUGUUAUGUUUGUGGAUGUCCAUAUGCGUGUGUCUGUACGAAUGCGUACAGGCACGCAGCACACAGUAACGCUUUGGAAAAUGCCACGUUCCCUUAGGGAGGCGAAAUCCCUCCGAGGGGGCUGGGUGGUUGUGCCGUCGGUGUCAUUCCCUCGGCUGAGCCCUUUGCCCGCGCAAGACCCAGCAGCCAAGUCUGCAGGACGCUCAUCAAACCCGGCAUGGCAGAGACCCGGAGCCGCAUUCCUGCCUCCAUCUCACGGUCUGCCUGGCUCUCCAGCGUGCAUCUGUGAACGUGGGAAGUCCCCGGAGAGUUUGCAAGUGAUUAGGUAUUUUCAAAAUGUGGCUAACGAGCCUUAAACUCACACUGCCUCUCUGCUCAGUGACCAACAUCCCACUGACCAAGCAGCCGCACGUCCAUCCCUAGCCCCAGCCGCUCGCCCACGACAGCAGAAUCAGACUCGUUCCUGGGGAACCCCAAGCUCUUCUCAUGGUUAGACGCCCCCUGCCCUCCCUUCCCUUGGGUAGCUGCUCUCAUCCUGGUGGAGGAGAGGAACCGGGGAGAGUUUCUUGUAGCAUUUGGUUCUUUGCACUUUAGCGGCUGAAACUGAGAAGGAGCCAGCACCAGCCCUUUCCAGAGCACCAGCAAACAGAGGCUACGACCUAACGAUGAUUUUCCCUUCAUGACUUUCCAGUAGCUAAAAUGGCAACCAAAGCUAUAUUGUUAAAUCCGGCUCUGCCGGGCCAGUAGACAGCCUUUGCAUUUACACGGCACGCUGGGCACCUCGCGUGGGCUUGAGACCCCCUUGCGUGGGAAGGAAAGGGCGUUUUGCAGAAGGGCGGUGUGGGCGCACGCAGCGCGUGGGCAGCUGUGGGCUCUGCCGGCUGAGUGGCGACGGGGGCAGAAGCGACCCGAGGGAAUAAUCAGGCACACCUUCUGCUGAAGCCAUGCCCAUGAGCUUUCCAGGAGCUAGGGGUUUUUUGUAUUUGCUUGGGCACCUCAAAUUGGGAUAGCUGCUCUGCUAAACACCAGCCUGGAACUUUAAAUCCUGCAGCAGUUUUUUCUUUGGGGCUGUUGCUCCUUACCCAGCGCUGCUCACUGGUCUCUGCUUUGGUGAUUCCAUUUCCUUGACCCAGAGCUGGUUUUUGCUUUGUCUGGAGCAAGGAAGAGCGAGGUUUGGAGAGUGAAUCCAAGGCGCGUUCCCCCAGCCUCCCCGUGCUGGGCUUGCCUUCCUGCUGCGGGCUGCUCCCUGCGCCGGUGGAAGGGGCUCCCUGGGGCUGCAGCGCCCUGCCCUGACCCCCUCUGGCAGCACUGCCACGGCCUGCCCCCAGCCCGGGCUGCCAGCCUGCUGCCCACGUUCUGUGCCAGCCCUGAAUUCAGACCACGGGGCUCCUUGCUUUCCCGUCCUGGGUGGGAGCCAGGGGUCUUCUGCAGGGGCUCCGCAGCCCGCGCAGGCGUGGCGUGCCACCCGGGCGGCCGGGAGAAGGCAGGGACGGGGAGGGAGCUGCCUCUGCGCUGGCCAGGGAGAAGGGGAGCUCCCAGUGAGCUUUCCUCCAGGUUCCCUUUGCUUUCCCCUGUGCCCACUGCUCCCUACGUGGGUUCUCCCUUCCCUCGCGAUACGAGGCCUUAUUCCAACCCGAGGGGACUGAGGCUGCCCGCAGCAUCCCGUUGCACUGAAGCAUCCGUCCAUCCCACGCUGCCCGCAGGGAGCCCCGGGGCGGUGCUGCAGAGCUGGCCUCUGCUCGGGGAUGGACCCGCCGCCCCCAGCACAUCCACGCUCUCACCUCCCCGGCGCCAGCGUCCCGCGCUUUGCCUUGUACCCCCGCUGCCCCGGGGCCUGGCCACGGAAGGGAAAUCUGCUUUCAGGGCGUUAAACCUUUGUACUUCGUUAAUUGCUCCACGAAAACCGAUAGCUUUGCAGGGGCACUACGUGGUUGCUACCUCUCCUCUUGCCUUUCUGUAGGAGUGGGGGCAGCUGAUCUGCUCUUUUUGGCCUCUGUAACCCUCUCCAAAACUUUUUGGAGUUUUUUAACGUCAUGCAGUGAGAUGUAAUCUCCGUGGAGCCGGAGGGAACACAGGCAAUGGAGCCGGGCAGCCUGCUUGCCACCGUGGCAAGUUGCUUGCGAGGUGCAUGGGCUGCCUUGGGUGGAAGGUGGGAUGCCGUCCUGGCAGCGCCAGUGUGCCGCCGGCCGCUCGUCUGUAGUCGAGAGAGGAUUCUGCUGUACUUUUUUCCUGUCUGUAGGUUUUAUUCAGACAAUAUGUAAUGAUUGAGUGAUUUACAAUUCAGUGUUAAGCUAAUGAAAACGUUGAUAAUGGUGAUAAUAAAACCUUUUUUUUUUCC